AUGUCUUUGAAAAUUGCGCUGGUACAAAUGGAGCAAGUGGAAGACCCUACAACUUACGACAAACGCAAGCAGGUGCAACAUGCUGCUGACUUGAUCCGUGGUGCCCCAGAUGCUGAUUUAUACGUCCUCCCGGAGCUGGCUCCAACGGGAUACAGCGAACACGUGUUUGAUUCCUUGGACGUCCUUGCUGAAGAGAGUAACGUGGACGCCCUUUCCUACCAAAUCUUGUCACAAGUCGCCAAGGAGCGUGGUUGUUUUGUGUGUUACGGAGUUCCUGGAAAACACAGAGAGUCUGGCUUCACCAUCCGUCAAGUGGUGUUAGAUGAUUCUGGAUCCUUGAUUUCCAUCUAUGACAAGAUUCAUCUAUGUGAUUUUGGGGAUGGUCGUGAAACAAAGUGGUUCCGGCCUGGAGAAAGACUUUGCUACUUCGAUUGCCAUGGAUUUCGGGUGGGCGUUUUGAUUUGCGCGGACAUGCGCCACACCGAGCUGUCUCGUGAACUUGCCCUUGGCCGCAGCUGCGACAUUCUGUUGCAACCGGCGGCUUUUGCCAGAGAUGUUACAUAUGCAAGCUGGCAGUCCUUUGUCGAAUGCCGUGCGUUGGAAAACCAAGUGUAUUGGGCCGCGGUGAACUAUGCGGGUCCCAACUUUGGUGGCUCCAUGUGGUGCCCUCCAUGGGUGGACGGCAAGGAAAAGGUCACCUCACGGUUGGGGAUUGAGGAGAUGGUUGUAGUGCACGAGGCGUCCAAGGACGAACUAGCUUCUGUGAGAGCUGAUUUUCCGUUUCUGCGGUCCCAUAGGGAGAGGGCAGACUACAAAGGUCCUUAG